AUGUCCCAGUCAAGACCAUACCAGACUGUGGGAGAUGCAGAUUCGGCAUCCGAUGAUGAUCUCGACCUAGACGAACUCGACCCGGUGGGCAGUACCCCGAGCCUACCAGCCACGAAGGGAGGCCCCCGCCGCCUCGGAAAUGGUUCCUCCAAUAUCCCACUACAUAGGUUACAAAGAUUUGGCGGGAGCAGCUUGUGGCGCGCAAAAGGUCGGCAGAACAACGCAAACCGGGACGAGGAAGAUGCAGAAAUGUUACUAGGCAGCUGGCCCGGACAGUCUCAAGGAAAUGCUCACUCGAGAGGCUGGCCUGAAGAACAAGCCGGCUGGAAUGUUAGGCAGAUAAAACAUCAGGAUUCCGUGCGCCCGAACGCGUCACAUGGCCGGGAAAUCUCCUCUCGUCGGUCGAGCGUUCGCCAUAGUGUUCAGCUAUCGGACUUUGUCAGGCAAGAGCUUGCAGAUAUGCGAGAGCAUCCAGACAUUGACAACAAGGAAUCCCGCAACAUCAGCGUUGGCCAGUCUCAGAAACGGCGGUUUCCGACAAACAAGGUCUCGAAUGCCAAAUAUACCGCCUGGUCUUUCCUUCCUCGGACGUUGUACAACGAAUUCUCUUUCUUUCUAAACAUCUAUUUUCUCCUCGUUGCAUUGUCACAAAUUAUACCCUACCUGCGGAUCGGUUACAUGUCGACAUACAUCGUCCCAUUAGCGUGUGUACUUACGAUUACGAUUGGGAAGGAGGCGAUAGACGAUAUCGCCCGAAGACGACGGGACGCCGAGGCGAAUUCUGAACUUUUCACUGUCUUGUCUUUCGACACAGCGCGGCAACAAGAUUCUAGCAACAACCCCGUCGAAGUCCAGAAGCGGGCUCGAGACAUCAAGGUCGGAGAUGUUCUGAAGCUUGAAAAGAAUCAGAGAGUUCCCGCAGACGUUGUCAUUCUUCAGAGCCAUCUGAGCGAGCGACUUGAUGCGCUGACAACUAAUGGGAAUGUUGAUGGCUCUGCCGUUCCGGCGGCUCCAGCUACAGGAGAGACGUUCAUUAGGACAGAUCAACUUGAUGGUGAGACGGACUGGAAACUUCGACUGCCAAGUCCAUUAAGUCAGAGCCUGAGCCUACGCGACCUUCGACGGCUGGAAAUCACUGCUGGGGCCCCUGACAAGAGAGUCAACGAGUUUGUUGCAACUCUGGAACUUAAGCCCAGCGAAAAUGCCGCCUAUGAUCCUCACGUGCUGAAGGAAGAUCCUGCCGAGGGAGCCCUAGAUUCGGUUGAUCUGGAUAGAGCGGCGCAUUGCAGGCCACAGUCCGCACCGCUCACAAUCGACAAUACGGCCUGGGCCAAUACAGUUCUGGCCUCGAGCACCACGACCUACUGCGCCGUCGUGUACACUGGCCGUCAAACUCGAUCUGCUCUGUCCACGGCGCCAUCACGAUCCAAGACCGGCUUACUCGAAGUGGAGAUCAACAACUUGACCAAAAUCCUGUGCAUCAUGACGCUUACUCUCUCCAUCGUCCUUGUCGCACUCGAAGGCUUCGAGCCAUCCAACAGAAAACCAUGGUAUGCGGCCAUAAUGAUCUAUCUGAUCCUAUUUUCUACUAUCAUCCCUAUUAGUUUGCGCGUGAACCUUGAUCUCGGCAAGUCGGUGUACGCGUAUUUUAUUGAACACGACAAGGGUAUUCCGGACACCGUCGUCCGCACCAGCACUAUUCCAGAAGACCUAGGCCGGAUUGAAUACCUCCUGUCAGACAAAACCGGAACUCUGACUCAGAACGAAAUGCAGUUGCGAAAGAUCCACGUGGGCACAGUUGCAUAUGCAGGCGAGGCCAUGGAAGAAGUGGCAGCCUACGUUGAGGAAGCUUUUGCGCCUGGCAAUGAUCAGCGCUCCAGAGUGAUGGAACCUGGCUCUACAACAAAGACACGUCGAGAAAUCGGUAUCCGAGUUCGCGAUCUCGUGCUCGCCCUCGCAUUAUGCCACAACGUUACCCCCACGACAGAUGAAAUCGACGGCGAGAAGGUGGUGUCGUACCAAGCUUCUUCGCCCGAUGAGAUAGCCAUUGUCGAGUUCACCGAGAGUGUUGGUCUUCGCGUCCUCCAGCGAGACCGGGAGAAUAUUGUCCUCCAGUCCGUCAGCACCAGCCGCAUCGUUAUCCGAGCCGAGAUUAAAGACAUUUUCCCUUUCACUUCGGAUAGCAAGCGCAUGGGGAUUAUUGUGCAAAUUUCGUCGGAGAUUCCUGGCCUGUCAGGCGCCGAUGAACUCUGGUUCUUCCAGAAAGGCGCUGACACUGUCAUGGCGUCCAUUGUGGCUGCGAAUGACUGGUUGGACGAGGAAACUGCCAACAUGGCUCGAGAAGGUUUGCGUACCUUGGUUGUUGGUCGCAAGAGACUCACUCAAUCGCAAUAUGACGCUUUUGCCUCUGCAUAUGCAGAUGCCUCGCUUGUGCUCCAUGACCGUGAUGGGCGCAUGGCGACCGUCGUCACAUCCCACCUCGAGCACGAUCUAGAGCUCCUGGGAGUUACUGGCGUGGAGGACCGGCUUCAGAAGGAUGUCAAACCAUCCCUCGAGCUCCUUCGCAACGCCGGUGUCAAAAUUUGGAUGCUAACAGGCGACAAGAUUGAAACUGCCCGUUGCGUGGCUGUGUCCGCCCGCUUGGUCACGCGAGGUCAACACAUCCAAACCAUGGCGAAGCUCAAGGCAAAGGGUCAGGGCAAAGACGCACUGGAUAUGAUGCGUAAUCAGAUCGAGUCUUGUUUACUCAUUGACGGCGAGUCCCUGGCCCUCAUGCUCAGCCAAUUCAGGCAAGAUUUCAUCACCGUGGCAGUCCAACUUCCCGCCGUCAUUGCGUGUCGAUGCUCGCCAACGCAGAAGGCGGAGGUUGCUCAACUCAUUCGUAAGCACACCAAGAAGCGAGUCUGCUGUAUCGGAGAUGGCGGCAACGACGUGAGCAUGAUCCAAGCCGCGGAUGUGGGCAUUGGGAUCGUCGGAAAGGAGGGACGCCAGGCCUCGUUGGCCGCCGACUUCAGCAUCACCCAGUUCUGUCAUCUCACGAAACUCCUGGUCUGGCAUGGCCGCAACAGCUACAAGAGAUCGGCCAAACUGGCGCAAUUCAUCAUUCACCGCGGACUGAUCAUCAGCGUCUGCCAGACCAUGUAUAACAUUGCAGGGCAUUUUGAUCCGAAAGGGCUUUUCAAAGACUGGCUGUUGGUAGGCUACGCCACAGUUUACACGAUGGCGCCGGUUUUCUCAUUGGUGCUUGACCGGGACGUCGAUGAGCAGGUAGCCAACCUGUACCCCGAACUCUACAAGGAACUCAAAUCAGGAAAGAGCUUGAGCUAUAAGACAUUCUUCACGUGGGUCCUCGUGUCGGUGUACCAAGGUAUCAUCAUCCAGGGCCUAACACAGCUGCUGGUGGGGGAAGUCGAUGGUCCUCGCAUGUUGAGUGUCAGUUUUACGGUUCUGGUGCUGAACGAGCUCAUCAUGGUAGCCGUGGCAGUGACCACGUGGCAUCCCAUCAUGAUUGCAUGUAUCCUGGGCACAGCUGCCGUGUAUGCCGCUAGUGUACCUUUCUUGGGUGGCUAUUUCGACCUUGCAUAUGUCGCUAGCUGGAGUUGGGUGUGGAGAGUCAUUGCGGUGGGAGCCAUCAGUCUUGUUCCUGUCUGGGGAGGCAAGGUUAUCAGGCGAAUGUGGAAGCCGCCCAACUAUCGUAAAGUACAGGGGAUAUAG